AUGGAAGAAGAUAUGAUUUUUGAUCCAUCUUUAAAGAAAAAAAAGAAAAAGAAGACUGGUUUUGAUAUAGACGCUGCGCUUGCUGGUGAUCAAGGCGAAACCACGAGUGUGGAAGCGCCUGCUGAGUCCGGUGACGUAGACAUACCCGAAGAUGACAACCUCGACUUGGACAAUUUCGGUAAAAAGAAGAAGAAAACUAAAAAGAGGUUUUUCAACUUGCAAGAGAUGGAAAAUGCUCUUCCUGAAGUGCCCCAGAAUGAAAAUACUCCUGUAGAAGAACCUGAACCUCAGGAAGAGGAGGUAAUUGACGACUUAGAUUUAGACAUAGACUUCUCUUUGACCAAGAAGAAGAAAAAGAAGAAAAACAUUGAUGAAUUUGCGAUUGAAGAUGAUGUUAAGGGGGAAGAUCAAGAUAAAGAGGAAGAUCAGCACGGGGAUUGGAUUGGUAGUGAUCGCGAUUACACAUAUGAUGAGUUACUAGAACGUGUAUUUGAUAUUAUGAGAGAAAAAAAUCCUAGUAUGGUGUCUGGUAAAAAACAAAAGUUUAUUAUGAGGCCACCUCAAGUAGUAAGAAUUGGUACAAAGAAAACAUCUUUUGCAAACUUUACAGAGAUUUGUAAAACACUUCAUCGCCAGCCUAAACAUUUACUAGACUUUUUACUUGCUGAAUUGGGUACAAGUGGUUCUGUAGAUGGUAACAGUCAACUCAUUAUCAAAGGUCGUUUCCAGCAAAAACAAAUAGAAAAUGUUUUGCGUCGAUAUAUAAAGGAAUAUGUAACAUGUCAUACUUGUCGUUCUCCUGACACUAUAUUACAGAAAGAUACCAGAUUAUUCUUCCUUCAAUGUGAAACUUGUGGUUCCCGCUGCUCUGUUGCAAGUAUCAAAUCAGGAUUUCAGGCUGUUACUGGCAAGAGAGCUGCCAUGCGUGCAAAGACUGCA